AGGGGAGGGGGAGCAGCUGCUACCUAGUUCAUUUCCAGUCCAGCUUCUUGCGCACACAUACACACACACACACUCACUGUUGUUUGGUGGUGGUGGGGCACAUCAACCGGACAACAAAGAGACGCACAGGGGGGCUCACUGCAGCCAGGAUAGGAUCACACGUUACCACCAUCCAGUGUCAGCGACCAGCCCACUGAACUCUUUUUCUUCAUAUAUGUUGGGAAAUCAAUCAGUCACACUGGAGGUGACCGUCACAGAAGCGUUAAUUACGCACGUAGACAGUACAGCCGUACUUGUGAGCCUCGCCAGAGAAAUGGAAAUGGAGCAUUUCGACGAGCGGGACAAAGGUCACAGGCACGGCCGGUCCAGUGCGAAAUUGAACGGGGUGCCGAGCCCCACGCACAGCGCCCACUGCAGCCUGUACCGGACCCGGACCCUGAAGACUCUUACCACGGAGAGGAGAGCCAAGAAGGUCCGAUUCUACCGCAACGGAGACCGGUACUUCAACGGGAUAGUUUACGCCAUCUCCGCAGACCGGUUCCGGACCUUUGACGCCCUGCUGGCGGACAUGACCCGCUCCCUGUCAGACAACGUCAACCUGCCGCAGGGCGUCCGCACCAUCUACACCCUGGAUGGUUGCAAGAAGAUCUCCAAUAUUGAGCAGCUGGUAGAAGGUGAAAGCUAUGUGUGCAGCUCCAUCGAAGCUUACAAAAAGUUGGAUUACACAAAAAACGUGAACCCCAACUGGUCGGUGAAUGUCAAGGCCUCGGCUGCAUCCUCCCGCGGGCCCCCCUCCCUGGGCAGCGCCAAGGCUGGGGCUCCAGAGAGUCGUGAAACCAAGGACUUCAUACGUCCGAAGCUAGUGUCCGUAGUCCGGAGCGGAGUGAAGCCCCGCAAAACUGUGAGGAUCCUGCUGAACAAGAAGACGGCCCAUUCCUACGAACAAGUCCUGACCGAUAUUACUGAUGCCAUCAAGCUCGACUCCGGCGUGGUGAAGAAGAUCUACACGCUGGAGGGAAAACUGGUGACGUGUUUGCAAGACUUCUUUGGCGAUGAGGACGUUUUUGUUGCCUGUGGACCAGAGAAGUAUCGCUACCAAGAGGACUUGAUGUUGGAUGAAAGUGAGUGUCGUGUGAUGAAGACUGUGACCUAUGGGAAGAUGUCUGCCACUCUGAACCGAGGCUCCCCCAAGCUCGCCGUCCAAACACAGCGCAGCAAGUCCCCUGCAUCCCUGAACGGGACGCCGGCCAGUCAGCUGUCCACUCCUCAUUCGGGAAAAUCUCCCAGCCCCUCCCCGCCCAGCCCGGGCAGCCUCAACCAACGCAUGGGGUCCCAGGGUUCUUCCAGCUCUCUGUCUUCCACUAAAGUGUCCAGCUCGGUAGAAGACGGUGAUGGACCUGUGACUGACGCUGAGGUUUUAGUCGACGAGGUUCCAGCUGUGCCGUCCUACAUAUCGGACCGCUACAAGGUGGGACGCACGUUAGGAGAUGGGAACUUUGCAGUGGUCCGGGAAUGUGUGGAGCACACUACAGGACGGGAGUACGCUCUGAAGAUCAUCAACAAGGGCAAAUGCAGAGGAAAGGAGCACAUGAUCCAGAAUGAGGUGGCCAUCCUGCGCAGGGUCAAACAUCCAAACGUCGUCCUGCUCAUAGAGGAGGUGGACACUUACAGCGAGCUCUAUCUGGUCAUGGAGCUGGUCAAGGGGGGGGAUCUGUUCGAUGCCAUCACCUCUGCCAAUAGGUACACAGAGAGAGACGCCAGCGGCAUGCUCUACAAUCUGGCCAACGCCAUCAAAUACCUCCACAGCCUCAACAUUGUGCACAGAGACAUCAAACCCGAGAACCUGCUGGUGUAUGAGCAUGGAGACGGCAGCAAAAGCCUGAAACUGGGAGACUUUGGUUUGGCGACUGUGUUGGACGGACCUCUCUACACUGUUUGCGGGACCCCGACAUAUGUAGCACCAGAAAUCAUCGCAGAAACAGGGUAUGGCCUUAAGGUGGACAUCUGGGCAGCUGGAGUCAUCACCUACAUCCUGCUGUGUGGUUUCCCCCCCUUCAGAGGGAGCAGUGACGAUCAGGAAGUGCUUUUCGAUCAGAUCCUAAUGGGACAGCUAGAAUUUCCUCUGCCGUACUGGGACAACGUGUCAGAGACAGCAAUGGAGCUGAUUCGAUCCAUGCUGGAGGUGGAGGUGGAUCAGAGAUACACUGCCCUCCAGGUGCUCGAGCACCCUUGGGUCACUGAUGAGGGUCUUUGUGAGAACGAUCAUCAGUUGUCAGUAGCAGGGAAGAUAAAAAAGCACUUCAACACUAAUCCCAAGAGCAACGACACGACUGCAGGAGUGUCCGUCAUUUCUCUGGAUGACAGCUUUUCUAUGCAGAGAUCUGGGUCGUUGGAUUUCUACCAGCACCCGGCCAUGUACUGGAUAAGGCCACCCCUCUUGAUAAGGAGGGGCCGAUUCUCCGACGAGGACGCCACCAGGAUGUGAAGCUCAUGUCUUUGCAGAUGAUACCGACGGUGACAACAGUAAGAAACAUCAACAACGAAAUCUCUACGGGCGGAUCCUCCCAGUUGCCUCCCAGGCCGGCCCAUGGCCCCUCCCUCUCUGACCCCUGACCCUUCCCCGAGCCCCAGCCUCCCUUCUGACUCUGAUGACAUCUCCAUCAGCUCAGCCAGCACCGCCUGCUCGCCCUUCUAGAGAGGAUGAGGAAGAGGAGGGGAGGAAGAGGAAGAGGAAGAAGCGAGAAGUACAAAUCCUCGUCCAGCUCCUCCCUCUAUAUGGAGGAGGAGGAAGAGGAGACGUCAGCUUUCUCUUAUCUAAGGCUGGGGGUGAACAAGGGAAAACUGUGGAGGGAUAAAAAACAACAACAAAUUAGAGAACAACUUUUUGCUCACCUGAAUCCAUCUUUCCAAACCUUGAGGAGAGAUUGAUCAAAGGGUGGAAAGAUAUGGUAGUUUGGGAGAAAGACUUAAGAGGCAACCAGAAACAGGAGGAAGAUGGAAAGAAAUGAAAAACUUGUAUUUAUUUAUUUGUAACGUUCUCUCAUCCGAGCACAUGUUGCAGAGCUGGAGGAGCGAGAAAGGGCGUUGACCUUUCAGUGAUGAUCUGGCCUCGACAUGGAAACUUCAUCAUGGUGGAGCUGCUCGACAAGGCAAUAUGAGAAUAUGGACCAAUGUUCAUGUUUUAUUGAACCUUAUUUAUUCAUUCUUUAUUCACUGCAUUUUUAUAUGUAUUUCCCUUUUUCAUAAAGGAUACCUUUUUGUUGACUAGGGGAAACGAAAAUGAUAGGAAAGUGUUAGAAGUAGAGCUCAGAAAUGCUGAAAUAGACUAAUGUUGGAAUAUGAGAGCUACACUGUGUAGAGGAAGGAGUUUUUUUCUUACAAAUGUGUUAAAUAUAGUGUUCGUAGAAAAAGAUAAAUGACUGAUUGUGUUCAGUGCUAUAACUCUGUGCUCCACACAGUAUUGGCGUUGCCUUCCUGUAAUGUUGGAUUGCAGUAUUACAGUUUACAUUUUACACAGACUGCUAUUAAGAAAAUAAUGGUGCAUUUGAUCCCUUCUUGUAAUUUUGUUAACUGCUUUGUUCAUGAUAUAUUGAUACACACAAUUCAGCAGCAUUCUGGUGCUUGUGUAGCAAACUCAAUUUUUUUUCACAAAUUCACAAUCAUUCUGAAUUGAUAUCAUAUUAAUCUUGGUAUGUUGUCAUUUUCAUGUACACAUAUAAAGCCUUGUUUACAUUUUUUCUCUAACAAAGGCAUAUUUCAUCCACAUUUUCCAGCAGUAAUGAAAGGUAUAAUUGUUUCAGCCUAUGUGUACCACUUGAAUGGGUUUGGAGGAGUGUUUUGUGGUAAAUGUAUACAAUUAGCCGUUUAUGAGGGUUGCCUAUUUGCACAAAGUACUGCAGUCAAGGUGCAGUCAAACAGAGAGAGACGGUUUGGAUGUCUGAGAACCAGCAAUUCUGGAAAGCAGUAAAGUUAAAGGAUGGUGGAGGAAUGAUUCAGCUCUGUAAAACCUCAUUCAUGGCUUCAUUUAUUUAGAUGAAAGCAUGACAGACAUAGUAGCCUAUUCUUAUAAAAAGAAUUCAGUUUCGUGAUGAAAUAUUGUUUAUAGGUUAUGUAAAUAACACAAUUUCAUUUAUUUUGAUAGUUCACAAUACAGUAUAUUUCUUUACUAGCAGUAAGUCUAUCAAAAAAACUAAAAAACAUUCAUGUGUCAGCAAAGAAAAAAACAAACAAAGCAGAGAUCAUGAUGAUGAAAUGACACAGUACAGUUGAGUUAAAAAAGACCAUUUCAACUUGAAGUUGUAGCGCCUGGAUGGAUCUACGCAGACACAUCUAGAGAGGACAGCCAUCUUUGCUUCCUGUCAGACACUGGGAAUGAUGUCACUUCCUUUGCAAAAGCAACUGGUAAAGGAAUUUCCAGUAACUGAUGUGAGAUAACAGAAAGGAGAAGCCAGAGGGGGGAGAGAAGUUCCUUUAAACUUGUUUUUUACUUAAUUUUUUUGACUUUUUACAGCUGAUCUCAGUGCAGUCGUCACACUUGUCUGUUUCUGUGUUUAUAAUCUCAUCAUCACAUAUACAGUAAUGUGCCGGCAUAUUGACCAGAUCAGUAUGAAUUUGUUGUGCUGUUGGAAUCAAGCACAUGGGCACAUGUGGUUUACCAAAGUGCUCUCCCUGCUGCACCACAGUAUUACAACCUGUUGCAAUACCAAUACCUGUACCUCUGUUCAACAAUGGUCUACCAAUAGUAAUAGUAAUAAUUAAAAUAUGUUUCAAAAACA